GUUAGGUUAUAAUUGUAAGAGCAAAUGGUCAUUUCUUGUAUUUGGGGGACAAAUUGUCAAAUAUGGCAAACGUAGUAUUUGGUUAGGAAAAACUAAUUCUCGAAACAAAUAAUAAGGGAUCUAGCAUAAAAUUCGAUUCCAUCAUAGAGAGUACGGUAAUCCAGGAUCGAAUUACUGUGAUUCGUUGUCGGCAUCAAUUUCACUUGAAACAAUCCAGGAUCUUGUUUUCUCACCUUCAUAUGUAAUAAAUUGGACUUUUUUCAUUUAGUUGGUGAACGAUUAGGGACCGUGCACAAGAGUUGCUCUCUGAAAUCCGGAGUUCGCAAGCUGAUGGGCGCCAUACGAGCUUUAUAAAUCACUGGUUUUUGGUGAAAACAAGUAAACUGAUUGCUAAGUGAUUAUUCGGUCUUUGCCCCUCUGGUUGUGAUUUAUCCUUGAUGAGAUUUUAGAAUACAGUUCUUCAUGAGAAGUGAUGAGGACAAAACGGUCUUUAACUCAUGCUAAGAAGAAAGCUGAAGAAGACCUUGCAGUACCACCUGGAUUUGUUUCUCUCACAUCUUUUACAUUGAAAAGGAAGUUUAUUGGUCGGAAGGCUGACGACGUUAUGGCUGUAGAUAAAAAAUCAAGAGCAGGUUCAGUAGAUACUCCUCUUAGAAAUGUCGAAAUCGAAAAAUUUAAAGCCUCAUUCAAGCAGAGACCAUGGAUUUGUUAUGACCAGUUUGAAAAUGUUCAAGAAACUGAAAGGAAUGAUGCGAGUUCUCUUCCGCAUAAAGAUUCAGUUAGUGUCUGUCUUCCAGAAGGGACUAUUUGGGGAUGUGCAAAUUGUCAUGACUGCGUGAAGGUCACUGCUCGGUGCCAACCCAACGAGUCAUCUUUGCCUUCACUCAGUGAUGCUCCGAUUUUCUACCCAACUCAAGAGGAAUUCAAGGAUACUCUCAAAUACAUAGCCAAGAUUCGCCCAACAGCAGAAAAUUACGGGAUAUGCCGAAUUGUUCCUCCUCCUUCUUCCCUUCUCGAAGAAAAUAAAACGUGGGGUGGUUCGAAGUUCGCCACUCGUUUUCAGAAUAUCGAUGGCCUCCAAAAUCUGUAUGCGAAGAAAAAACUAUCCGAAUUUGAACAUGGGCCUGAUUUCACCCUGAAAAGCUUUAAAAAAUGUGCCGAUGAUUUCAAGGCUCAGUACUUCCGUAAAUAUGGCAAGGGCCCGCUGGUUGCUGCAAGAAUCGAGGGCGAAUAUUGGCGAAUAAUCGAGAAGCCAAAUGUAGAAGUAAAGGUGCUCUGUGCUGAGUUUUCGAGCUCAACCAAUUCAACUAAAGAAGUGGCUAAAUGUGAUGAAUAUGUAGAGUCCGGGUGGAACUUGAAAAAUAUCCCGAAGCUCCCAGGUUCUCUUCUUCCAUUUGGAUGCUACAAAACUUCUGAAGGUUUAGUUCCUCAAUUAUUCAUUGGGAUGUGCUUUGCAUCACAAUGUUGGGUAUAUCUAAUGGAUAUAGUUCUGUUUGAUUUGACGGUAAAACAGAGAACUGAAGAUCACCACUUGUAUUCGAUAUCGUAUUUGCUCUCGGGUGAACCUAAAGUAUGUUACGGCAUCCCGUUCGAAUACUCCUUCAGGUUUGUUGAAGUUGUGAAAAAGCUACACCCAGAGCUCGCAAAACAUCCCGAUUUUCCCCACAAGCUCGUCCCUCAACUUCCACUAUCAGUGCUAGUGUCCCAAGGAAUACCUGUGUACCGAUGUGUGCAAAAUCCCAUGGAGUUUAUUGUUACUUUCCCUGGAGCUUACCACACAGAAUUUAGUUGCGGCUUUAAUUUUGCUGAGACGGUUCGUUUUGCUCCUUUUGACUGGUUACCAUAUGGUCAAAAAAUUGUCGAACUUUAUGUCGAAAAAUGUUUCAAGACUUCAAUCUCUCAAGACAAGUUGUUGAUAGGAGCAGCGAAAGAAGCUGUGAAAGCCCAGUGGGAAUCUUUUGCACUGAAGACCAAAACCGUACAAAAUCAAAUGUGGAUUAGUGCCUGUGGGAAGAACGGGAUCUUUACAAAUGCCGUUAAGGAGCGUGUUAGAGACGAACGUGUAAGGAGGAAAUACCUAUGCAAUAUGGCCCAAUCGAGUGCAUGGGAUGGACUCGAGGCCGCCUCUAAACUCGAUUGUACCAUAUGCUCAUACGACUUGUACCUCUCGGCCGUAAAGUGUUCGUGUUCCCCGAACAAAUAUGCCUGCCUUCGCCACUCGAAGCUGCUCUGCUCUUGUCCUUGGACUUCCAAGCGUUUUUUCUUCAGGUACGAAAUUACCGAAUUGGACCUCCUUGUCGAGGCCUUAGAAGGAAACUUGAAAGCAAUCCAUAGCUGGGCCAAACAAAAGGCCCAGCCCGAUUCUGGGAUUAAAAUUUCAGAAAACGCCUGACCUAAUUUCGAAAAACAAAAUGAGGUAAUUUUAAAAUCGCAAGCUCAAAAUGCGUUCGUUCUCCUUAGUGAUGACGAGGAUGGACCAUCUUGAUCGAUGCUGCUUAACCGUGAUGUUGUGCAAAUAUGGAUCGUUGAGUUUUAGCUUUGUAACCAUUUUUUUUUUUUUUUUUUU